AAACAUCUUUUUCGCUAGCUCUCAAACAUGUCGUACGGUAGAUCAAACAAAAGGGCCCGAACGAACAAUAUUUCGGAGCUCAAUGCUAAGUACAUGGCUCUAGACCAAUACAACAACUAUCAGGUAAUGUACAUUUGGAUUGAUGCAACCCAGGAAAAUAUGCGAGGAAAGACCAAGACAUUUGACUUCGAGCCGAAAACUCCAUCUGAUCUCCCAAUCUGGAAUUUCGAUGGAACUUCGACCGGUCAAUCACUUGGCGAAGGCUCUGAUGUGUACAUCCGACCAAUCGCAUUAUACCGUGAUCCGUUUAGACCGGGGCCAAACAAAAUCGCCCUUUGUGAAACACUAACACACGACAAUAAACCUCAUCCAACAAACACGCGUCAGCAAUGCGUGGACAACAUGGAGAAGGCAAAAGAUCAAGAGCCAUGGUUUGGAAUGGAGCAAGAGUUCACACUGCUCGGCGCAGAUAAGCAUCCGUACAACUGGCCUGUCAACGGAUUUCCCGCACCACAGGGCCCAUACUAUUGUGGAGUUGGGUCGGAUCGAGUUUUCGGUCGGCACAUUCUUGAAGCACACUACAGAGCCUGCAUGUACGCGGGAAUCAAAAUUAGUGGAUCUAAUGUGGAGAGUAUGCCAUCACAGUUUGAAUAUCAAGUUGGUCCAUGCGAAGGUAUUGAGAUGGGAGAUCAACUGUGGGUGUCUCGAUACAUUCUGCACCGCAUUUGUGAAGACUACGGAGUUGUAUGUAGUUUGGACCCUAAACCAGUGCUCGGUGAAUGGAGCGGUGCUGGAUGUCAUCUCAACUUCUCCACAAACGUGAUGAGGACACCAUGCGAAGAUGGAACAGGGUGGAAAGCUAUCGAGGAAGCAGUCGUCAAGCUGAGCAAAGUACAUAUGCAUCAUAUUGCGUAUUAUGAUCCUCACGGAGGACGUGAUAAUGAGCGCCGACUUAUUGGAGCUAAUCAGACUGAAACUGUUGACGCAUUUUCCUCUGGAGUUGCGGAUCGUGAAGCCAGUGUUCGAAUUCCUCGACAAGUUUUUGCUGAUAAAUGUGGCUACUUUGAAGACCGUCGUCCGGCGUCCAACUGUGAUCCGUACAUGGUAACGUCGGCAAUGGUGAAAACGUGCUGUCUGGAGGGAGAAGACGCAAAACUCACUUUACGCUACGUUCCGAAAUUUUAAAUAUGCAAUUGUCAGUCUAAUUAUAUCGUUGUGAAAUGUGAAAAGUGACAAAGAAUCUCAAUUCCUAUAUCCUUAACCCCGUCUUACCUUUUUGAUGGCUUUCUCUCCAAUUAGUACCAUCCGAUUUAUAGCAGUAUUGUGAUAUGAUUAUUCAAAUUCCUGUUUAAUAAAAAUAUUUUUCAUU